GGUUAGUAUUGACGAUGUGUUAAACAAGUACUUUUUGUAGAUCUUGUUAUGGUUUUGGGCUAUAUUCGCGGAUUUUUACGUAAAAUGAGCUCAUCCGCUUCAGUGCCCUUGGCACCCAUCGGCGUGCGCGGUAUGAAAGUGCUAGAUCGAGAUAAAUUCUUGCGCAACGUAAAAGUGCCAGUUCUAAAGGUCAAAGAAGAAAAUUUGUCUAAAAUCAUUCAUAUCUGUAAACCAUACUUCCUUAAAUUAGAAAGUUUUAAGACCAUAACCAGUUUAGAAGACGAAGAACUCAAGAAAUGUAUCUUUUUCAACCCUGAGAAAGUGAGUCAGUGGACUGACAUUGCUGAGAGUGACAGAACAGCUUUAUGUGAACUGAAUAUCAAAGAAGACAACUUUGAUGACAAAGAGAUACAACUUACUUACGAUAAUUGGCGUUAUGAAGCAAUAUUCAAAGCAGUUCUGCCUGAGAAUGAGGAAGGUGUGAGUGGUUUCUCCCAAAUAGGCCACAUUAUACAUUUGAACUUGAAGGAACACCUGCUUGAAUACCGACCUCUGAUUGGCCAGGUGCUGGUUGACAAAAUAAAGACAUGUAAGACAGUUGUGAACAAAUGCAAUGCCAUAGAUAACACCUAUAGAAACUUCAGUAUGGAAUUAAUUGGAGGUGAGGAAGACUACUUUGUAACAGUUAAAGAAAAUAACUGUAUAUUUCAGUUUGAUUUCUCCAAGGUGUACUGGAAUCCUCGCUUGGGUAAAGAGCAUGAGAGAAUCCUCAGUUACUUGAAACCUGGAGAUGUCCUCUUCGACAUAUUCUGCGGAGUUGGUCCCUUCGCUGUUCCUGCUGCUAAAAGAAAAACAAAGGUUUUCGCCAAUGACCUGAACCCUGAUUCUUAUAAAUGGUUGAAUCACAACGCUAAGAACAACAAAAUUAACUCGAUAUAUUUCAAGUCUUACAAUAAAGAUGGGAAGGAUUUCAUUUUGGAAGAAUUUAAAGACUAUAUUGUUGACUUGUGUAAUGGUAAAGAACAACUGAAUGGAAAGAUCCAUGUCACCAUGAACCUGCCUGCAAUGGCUGUGGAAUUCUUGAAACACUUCAAUGGAUUAAUAAAAGAUGAGAAACUAUGGGAGAAGUUUAAUCAAGAAAUUAUUGUGUAUGUCUACUGCUUUGCCUUGGGUGAAGACCAUGUUGAGAUUGCCAAGAAAAUGGUGAUCGAUAAUAUUGGAUAUGAUGUCUCUUCUAAUAUAACUGAUGUGUUUAAUGUGCGGAAUGUUGCUCCGAACAAGGAAAUGAUGAGAGUGACUCUUAAAUUAACCAAAGAGGUUUUGUUCAGUGAGAACUUAAGUGACAGUGUAAGUGAACCUCCUUCGAAAAAAGUGUGUGUGUAACACGAAAUAGAUAAUAAAUUUUUUGUUCCAUUGUGUGUAAAGAGGUUUUAUUUUUGUUACAUUUGUUAUCACUUCAAGUGCCUCGGAAAAUGAUGUAAUAAAGUACUGGAAAAAUCA